AUGACUGAGGUGGCGGAGAGGGGAGGGGCCACUCUCCAGAGGCCGUACACUGAGAACACUUUUCAACAGAAACUUCAAGAAUUUCACGCCUUGAUCAAAGUUCUCACAUUUCAAGACACCGAAGCAACGCCAGAGGAGCGGCGGCAGUUGAUUACAGAAAACUUGAGGUUUGACCAGUUCUGCGAGUCUAUCCGUUCUGUGUUUGGAUCCGACAUCAAAAACCAAGAUCUGAAGGCCCUGUACAGGAAAAUCACAACUAACCCAGAUGCGAAGGUGGACUGGAGCGAACUGUUCGGUUACUUCCAGUCGGGGGUGGAGGAGGAGGAGCCGACCAGUGCUGAGGAGGUCAGUGUGUUCACCGUAUCCAAGAGGAGGCGGGUGGGAGAGGCAGCUGGUGACAGAAAAAGGCGGGACACAGUACAAUGUAUACGAUACAUACCCAAUGUUGAUCUCUUCGUGACAGUCUCACAAAAAGGCGGACUUUCUAUUUGGAAUGGGAAGAUGCGGCUGCAAGCUUGCACAGAUAUCAACGAAUCGGCUUGGUCCACGGGUUGUGAUUACCUGCCUACUUUACGUCGUGUCGCUUGCUGUACGGAGAGAAGCAUUGUGAUAUGGGACAACAGAGCUAAGGGUAAAAACCAGAGCAUCUUCUCUAUCAAGCCUAUAGAGCACUCCCCUCAGUGCAUGACGUACAUCCCCAUCCCAGGCCAGAGCCACGAGGACACUAUCAUGUUCGGGGACGACCAGGGAUAUAUCAAUGUUCUUUCCAUAGCCGCCAAAGAUCUCACCAUGAAAAACUCCAAAGGCGUCGACAGAAGGAACAACAACAACAACCUAGUCCUGGAGCCACACAAGCUCACAUCACCAAUACGAAGGCGGAAACUUCACGACGACUGGGUGCUUAAGGUUAGGUACUUCCCCGAACUUCGAUGCUUCGCUUCCUGCUCUCCCAGUAGCUCACAGUCCUUCGUAUUAGAAGAGAUAGAGAGGAUUUACGACAAUGGGGAAGUAAGGGGAGUAGCUAUCCCUAAAGGUGUGAAUGCGUUUGACUACUGUGCCCGGGCUAACAUCAUAGCAACUGGUGGAGUGGACAAAGCUAUUCGUCUCUGGCACCCUCACAUCUUUUCAAGACCUACAGGUAAACUAAUGGGUCAUUUAUUCACAAUUGUGGAUAUUUGUUGCAAUGAGAGAGACCAGCACAUUAUCAGUCUGUCUACGGCCCGAGUGAUACGAGUCUGGGACAUCCACACUCUCACCAGUCUACAGGUGUUCACAGAUAACGAAGAAAGACCAGGUGAAAAAAGGAUUUACUCGAUGAUAUUUGACAACAAACAUGAAAAGCUAGUCACAGGUUCUAGUGUGAUCGACGCUUGGCCGCUGACCCGGUCAGUCCAGGACACGAUGCAAGUUCCUCAUACUCACGACAGACCCAUUAGUCAGGUUUUGUAUAACGCCGAAUUAAAUCAAGUGAUCACAGUCUGUACCGAGUCAGUUAUAAAGGUUUGGGAGAUGGAGGCGGGUAAACUGGUGUACCAGAUAACUGAUGCUCAUGGACCGAACAUUGAGCUGACCGCCAUCGCGUUGGAUAAGUCAGGAUAUCGUCUUGCUAGCGGAGCUUAUGAUGGUUCUCUGAAAGUUUGGGACUUUGGUUCCGGUCAGGAGAUCAAGUGGAAGACUGGAGAGGGCACGGACGAAGACCUCAGCAUUACUGGACUGAUUUAUUCUCAGUUAGGGGUGGAAAGGGUCAUUCUGGUAUCUGGCUGGAAUAAUCGGGUCAAGAUUAUUCUGGACUCGAAUGAUAACUACGAUUUGCCUGUGUUACGGGAGUUCUCGGAUGUAUAUUACUGGACGCAGGAACCCUCCACUCCAUCCUCCACUAACCCAUUCAACAAGAACCACCCCUUACCAGAGAUUGGUCAACAGAACGUUAGAUUAUCCAGUAUUUUCCGCAAGGAGAGUAUCCUGGUAUCCCACGAGGUCACGUGCGCUGAUGCCCUCUCCCCUAACGUAUUGAUCACAGGCUGUCACAACGGUAACAUAGUCAUGUGGAACAUUGAAAAGUCCGUCGUCGACAAAGUGUUUGAGAUCCCCGAGCCUGAGGCAGAGUCUGACGAGGAGAAGCCCGCCACCAGGGGCAAACAACCAGAUAAGCGUGUACACAUGGUCCGAGUGCUCGUCCGGACAGUCCGGAAACUAGAUCCCGAGUAUAUCAAGUCAUUAACAAGACAUCUCUCAGCGGAAUUCGUGGAUGACGGUAACUACGACAACCAGUCACGACUGAGAAGCCAGCUGACGUCAGGUGUGUCGUCAUCAACGGAUCACACGCGCUCACAGCGGCCACCUACCGGACAAUCUCCUGUGCCCGAAGUGGAGAUUGAAAUAGACGACUCAGUAUUAAAAGAUAUAACGAAAGACGAAGGCCAAGAAGUGGUCAAAGGAGAUGGCACUGAAAACGCUGACAAGGCUGGAGACAUUCCUGUCGCAGUGGCCGACGGGAAGGAUUUAGGGGCGACAACUCAGGCGGUAGAUGCAGAAAGCAUGGUGGAUCCCGAUGCUAAGAUGAUCGUGGAGAAAUUUGAACCUAUUAUCGUGUCUGUCCACCAGGACGCCUACAUUCGUUUCUGGACAAUGGAGGGCCUGCUCCUAAGGGAGGUAACUGCAAUGACUCGCCGCCAGGGGUCUGCAGUGACUGCUGUGUGUACAGAUCUAGACUGCAACAUUAUGGUGACGGGUGAUAAUAAGGGGUACCUCACUCUUUGGGAUAUUGCCAAGUUUUUAGAAGAUCCGGAAUCUGAGGAAGCGGAGCUAAUCAAACAGCUGAUUAGCUGGCGAGCACACCUGGUCAGAGUGGUCUCCCUUUGCUACGUAGAUUCCAUGAGCUCAAUCUUGUCCGGUUCAGCAGACGGAUCCACCAGAAUUUGGUGGGGAAAGCGCGGCAGAUUUAUCGGAUUUUUCGGUCAACAUCGCCCUUUUAACUUUCCGGUGAGCGGACAGGUGUCCAGCACACCUACACUGCCUUAUGACAUCACAGAGGGUCCUCUUGCUCCAUUGAAAUCAAUGAGUGCUCGACAGAGGAUACGAGCCGUGCAUCAGCUGGAGUACCCUUUAAUAUUUGACCAGCUUAGAUGGAAACCAUUCCGUCGUUCAGCUUAUGUCAGGGAUUCCACGUCCGACAAACAACCCGAGGAUAAAAAGUUCUUCGAGGCAUUAAUCAAACCGAAGGCGUACAACCAUCAUUUAGAAAGUUUCACAACGGGAGAGAUGAAGCAGGGGGCGGUGUUCAGAGCCCUUCCGGUGUACAGGGUGACAACCCCAGAUAAGAUCAGCACACCAGAUUACACGUACGCCAUGACGUCAGACGACAGCGAGUUUGUGAAGAACUCUUCACAGUUUAACGGAACCGGGCUAAAGGUUCCCAAACAAAGGACUCCAAGAAUGCUGGGCUACAAUCGUUAUGCCAGAAGGUCCCCACGGCGGAUGAAUAGCGCUAUGUCCAGCUCCGCGAGCACUGUGUCCGGGAGCGUAAGCCUACCGGCGUCGUCAAGGAGACGAUGAUCUGCUGUUGCAGAGUGUCACCCCAUUGGACAUAAGAAAUGCGAGUAAAGAUGGAAGUGUCAUAUUAAUCUGAUUAAAAUCAAAUCGCACGCAUAUAGCUUCGAUAACAACGAUGUGACACACUUCCUAUCCCCAGCGCAUUCAAGGAGUGUGUCAGCAAAUCACAGAGGUGCUGCUCGAAGCAAGGCAGCAGUCACGACCAGAGCCGUAGCCGUGGGUAACUUACGGAAAAUCACAAGUCGUGAAGCGGCAGGAAGUCGGUAGUGCCAACAACUCGCCGCAAAGCAAGUUAACACUUGUCUCUUCAAGAACAAGUUAAAACUGUGUUGUGUCACCUCCGAAUUGAAACGCUGAAGAAGGAGCUGGAAGAAAUAUAGCCUAAUCGACACGUGCUGUACUAGCUUGGUACGUACAGCCCGUCUCUUCGUCAUUUCUAACCCAGCAUUUCACAAAACUUUAUAACUUGAGUCUAUACUUAUGUUUGGUAUUCACCACAAGUUAUCCGCGUUUAAAAGAUGCCAAAACGUGCACCAGUGAACACUCUUUUAAUGACAAUCUAACCUUUGAGAAUUUUGAAUCGAAAAGUGCAACUGACUUCUGCCAUGUUUCAUGCUCGAACCUCAGGCCAGUUAUGUGCUGGCUCCAUGAAAGAUAAGCUGGUGAUAAGGAUAAACAUAACUUGAAAGCAAAAAUAAAAAAAACCCAAAACAGUUGAAAGAAAUUUUUGAACAGCCAGCAUGUACCUUGUCUGAUCUUGGAGAAAGUUCAAACUCCAAAAAAUGGUGGACAUUAGUUCGACUUGUUCGAUUCAAAAGCUUAAACGGCUGAAUUACUGUUCAAAUAUGGUUUAGCGACACUGGCUUUGACAUAUGUAGGCCUAUACUUGGAUGACCUAGGGAAUACCAAAUAUAAAGACCGGUUCCAGUUGUAAAGGUCGGAGAAAUUUUACUGGUAGAGCCCUGGGCCCAGCUGUCCAAAAGUGUAUCAGCGGUUAAUGAAUGGGAUACAGAAUUAACACUGAUCGGCUGAUAGUGAACAUAGGGUUUACCGGAUUAACCCGUGCAGCCUUGGUUAGGCAUGGAUAAGUGUUCUAUUCCUAAAAUUCAGCUUAGGCUUGGCGUAGCCUGGACUUGCCUAUUUCUCACUCCAGCCAAUCAGAAUCGAUUACAUAUCCCAUUAAUGCGGGUGUUAACUUUAGUCUGCACUAGAUUGUCAAUAGUUUUGCAUUGGCCAAGACUGGUAUUCAGAUUUAAGCCUGGCUUAACAUUUAUUACACAUUUGAACAACCGGCCACUGGAUAGAACUGGGCUAGAAGAAAUAUAGGGAUGUGUCCUUUAUGUGCGGCUUUAUGUGCACAAUGCGCUGAUGCGACAGCGUUACCUUGCUAUCGUACAGGUUUACUGUGACGAACUUUAAUCCGCAGAACAAAUACUCAUUUGAUGGAAAGCGAUGGUACGUUUCCCUUGGCGUGUCGACCAUGUUGCCGUGCUAAGCUAUUUCCGCUGCAGGUAAAUUCCCCUUUUCUCCGAAAGACAUCUGACUGUUCCCGGUGACAAGAAAGCUCUUUAGAAGCCUUAUAUUGAUUGGUUGCUGUUGGCGUC